UUCCAACAAAAACAAAAGCAAAGUUUCUAAAAUUUCCAUCUCUCACCUAACGCAUACACCCGACCCAACUCCCAAGUAAGAUGGGCUAAUUAGUAACAAAACGGAUUGCUAGACGACUAAAUUCCACUCACUCUUCUAUUUUAUAAACUAAUCCCACAAAAAAAGCUUAAUUUUGUUGCGAAACUUUUUUAUUUGUCUUCAAAUUCAAAAAAAAUGCAGCAAAAUCAGAGAAGUUCAUCAUCAGGUUCAUCGCAAAGCCCUAGAUCUCCACAAUCUCAUCCUUUUCUCUCAAUUUCAGUAUCUGAUCCCGUCAAAUUAGGCAAUGGCGUUCAAGCUUACAUCUCUUACAGAGUUCUAUCUAAGACGAAUUUACCUGAUUAUCAAGGGCCUGAAAAGAUUGUCAUUCGUCGAUAUAACGAUUUUGUUUGGUUACGAGAUCGUCUUUUCGAAAGAUAUAAAGGCAUCUUUAUACCCCCUCUUCCGGAGAAAAGUGCUGUUGAGAAAUUUCGCUUUAGUGCUGAAUUCAUUGAAAUGAGGCGUCAAGGAUUGGAUAUAUUUGUUAACCGGAUAGCUUCACAUCCUGAACUUCGCCAAAGUGAUGACCUGAGGUUGUUUUUGCAAGCAGAUGAAGAGACGAUGGAGAGAGUGAGGGCUCAAGAGCUUGGUAUUUUCAAUAAGAAGCCCGGUGAUCUAAUGCAAAUGUUCAAGGACAUGCAAUCCAAAGUCAGUGAUGUUGUUUUAGGCAAGGAGAAGCCUAUCGAAGAAUCAACUCCUGAGUAUGAGAAAAUGAAACGCUAUAUCUUUGAGCUUGAAGAGCAUUUGGCAGAAGCACAGAAGCAUGCCUUUCGCCUUGUUAAGAGGCACAGAGAGCUGGGACAAUCAUUAUCAGAUUUUGGAAAGGCAGUCAAGGUUUUAGGUGCCUGUGAGGGAGAUUCUCUUGGAAAGGCAUUUUCUGAGCUUGGCACGAAGUCAGAAUCAUUGUCAAUCAAGCUGCAAGCAGAGGCUCACCAUCUAUUGAUGAACUUUGAAGAACCUCUGAAAGAUUAUGUUCGUGCCGUGCAGUCUAUCAAGGCUACCAUAGCAGAGAGAGCUACCGCGUUCAAGCAACAUUGCGAGCUUUCUGAAACAGUGAAGCUGAAGGAGAUAAAUCUAGACAAGCUCAUGCUAACAAGGUCGGACAAGUUUGGAGAUGCUGACACCGAAUAUAGAGAGUUAAAAGCAGAGAGUGAGGAAGCAACAAGAAGAUUUGAGACGAUUGUUCGAUUAAUGAACGAAGAGAUGGAACGGUUUCAAGAACAAAAAACAGCAGAUAUGGGGUUAGCAUUCCAUGAAUUUGCCAAAGGUCAGGCACGCUUGGCCAAUAGCAUUGCUGAAGCUUGGAGAGGUUUGCUUCCAAAGCUUGAAGCAUGUUCUUCUUGAGUAUUGAGGCGAUAGGUACAAGCAGCCCAAAAAGAACGGGGUGGUCCAAAGGAAUGCCAAGAGCAUCUGUUUCUCUUGUAAAUUAAGGAUUUUUCAGCUUUUCAGGGGGUGAACUUCCUCUGUUGUAGUAAACAUUUCAGAUUUUUCUGGAGAUUCUAACUUGUACAACACCCAGAUCAGUUGUCAAAAUCAGGUAUCACGAAUUGUCUGUAAUAUUAUGCACAUAAAGAAGACUUACAGACUUGUAUGUUAGUCCUAAGAACAUUUGUUGGAUAAACUGAUGCAUGGUAGUUUCAGAAUUAAUUCUUUCUUGACCAA